AUGAUGGAUCUCUGUGUCACAAUCAAAGGGGUUUCCUUCCUUUUGCAGACAGGUUUGGGUGUUUUGGGCAACUCUGUGGUGCUGCUGGCGUACGCCCACAUUAUUUACAGCGAGCCAAAGCUGGUUCCUGUAGACUGGAUCCUGUGUCACCUGGUUUUUGCCAAUCUGUUGCUGUUAUCGACUCGCUGCAUCCCUCAGACCAUGACUGUGUUUGGCCUGAAGGAUCUCCUGAACGACCCCGGCUGUAAGGUGGUGAUCUACACCUACCGCAUCGGCAGGGCUUUGUCCGUCUGCAUCACCUGCAUGCUCAGCAUGUUCCAGGCCGUCACCAUCGCCCCCACUGGAACCCACCUGUCCAGGGUCAAGCUAGCUCUUCCCUCUCUGGUCUUCCCCACUUUUGCCGGACUUUGGCUAUUAAACAUGGCCAUUUGCAUCGCCGCUCCUUUCUUCUCCAUGGCACCCCGUAACGGCACCGUCCCCGCCUUCACCCUCAACCUCGGCUUCUGCCACGUGGAUUUCAGAGAUAACUUGUCGUAUGUGAUAAACGGGGUGGCAGUUUCAGGAAGGGAUUUUGCCUUUGUUGCCCUCAUGGUGGGCUCCAGUGCUUACAUCCUGGUGCUCCUGCACCGCCACACUCGUCAGGUGAAGGACAUCCGUCGCUCACACAGCAGGGGGGCCGAAACACGAGCAGCAAAGACUGUGGUCACUCUAGUCAUCCUGUACGUGGUAUUCUUUGGGAUUGAUAACGUGAUCUGGAUUUACAUGCUAACCGUGGCCAAGGUGUCUCCUGUGGUCGCAGACAUGAGGGUUUUCUUCUCGUCCUGUUAUGCCUCCCUCGGUCCAUACUUUAUCAUCUCCUCCAACAAGAAGGUCAAGGAAAGGAUCAUGUGCACAGCCAAGCAAGAGAACCCAUCUGUGGACACUAUAGAAAUUCGUGAUUUUCACCUUCCCAGACAGUGA